AAGAGUGGUUAAUACGCAGUCUUCAAAAAUAGUCAAUAACUUAUGACAAUUUAGUCUUUACAGUGAACAAUAAUGGGCGUGGUUACAGAGGAAAUACUAAAUAUUAUGUUUGCUGCUUAAAAAACUACGUAAGCAAAGGACAAUAAGUCAAUAAUGGAGUGAAAAAAGUCAAAACGAGUUUGAGAGAGUAAUCAGUAACAACUAUGAGGGAAGGCAGAGGAAUGCUGCAGGGGGAAAUCCAAAUUGCUGAUUUCCUGAACGCGUUCAUGAAUUUCCUUAGACCAGGAUUCAUUGGAGUACCCCUUUGACAAAGAGUAUUUAAAUUGUAGUUCAACAAGUGUCGCUUCGGAAACUCUUACAUUAUUGCUCUCGAAAGGGUACUACUGCACAAGCCCACCAGUUUCAUGGACAGCUUUGCCCUCAGCGAGUCCUCGGCGCACGCCUCCAAUGACAGAUCCGUUCGUCCCUUGUGGUGCGUGGAGUGCCGUGCCAUUGCCUCAGCGGACUGCGAAGACGCCCACACGCUGUGGGGCUUACGCAGGGCCGUGCGCCACUACGCCCAGCAAGUGCAGGUGUUAAGCGUGUGUGCCCAGGAGCUGGCCGACGGAGCCGCCCAGCACCUGCAGGCGGCGUGUGGGCGCGUGGAGGAGCUGCUGCAGACACACUUCAAGGCGGAGGACGCCCUUCGGCUGCUGGUGGAGCCCGUGCAGUGCGAGCUGACGCUGCGCACAUCGGGAGCGACGUUCGCCGCGACCCUGAGCCUCGCAGAGGGGCUUGCCGCCUCGGGGCACGCCUCCGAGGACACGGUAGCAAGGACGCUGGCCUUCGCUGUGAUCGCCAGUGGGCAUCUCAAGCCAAUGGAGGAACGCGGAAUUGGAGACCCUGCGACGUCCACUGAAGAGGGGCCUUCUUCAAGACUUUCGCACAGCAGCAAUAUGACAGGUUCUGAAAACGGCUCCUGCUGGUCGUCCUUAGACGAGUUCGCUCUUGAAGUGAAGCCAGACCUGCAAGCGUUGGCCGCUGCGAUGCAGUCGAGCUCCUCUACUGCAGGCGAAGCAUCCGCUGGAGUCGAAGGUGGGCACGUCGAUCUGUACGACCUGAGCGUCUCCCCCGCGGGCUUCAACGUGCAGGCCAAGCAGGACGUGUUGGAGGCCAUUUCCAACCAGACCAUCCGCUCCUUGACACGACUGCACUGUGAUGAAGACCCUGCGUGGAGCCUGGAAAUCUUGAGGCGCGUGCCACGGCAGCACCUGAAGGAGCUCGACGUGCGGUACGUGCAGUGGGAGCACCUGGAAGCCGUCCACGGCGCGCUGCCCUCGCUGCGCCGCCUCAGCGUGUCGGGCACCCAGAGCCUGGCUUGCCGCAAGGACGCAGUGGAGAUGCCCUGCCAGUCCGGGGUGGUGAGGCUCGAGGCGUCCUGCCUGCCGCGACCCGCUCUGUUCGCCCUGAUCCGCACACACCGCCUCACGCUGCGCGAGCUGUGGCUGGGCGUGGGCACCGGCGGCAGGGACAGCAUCCCCUACUCUGGCGCCGACCUGAGUGCGCUGCUGACGCAGUGCGAGCUCCGCGCCGUGGAGCUGGUGGUGCUGCAGCGCGAGAACUGCUUGCACGUGGCGGCGCGCUGCCGCGCCCAGCGAGCGACCGUGCGCACCGCACUGCCCAAGCAGGCCAGGGUGCUCUGCCGACGCUGCGACGCCAAGGACUUCACGCCUGCGUCCUAGUCUCCUAGGCCUCCUCGAGCUGCUCAUUGAUUUACCUGGCUCUUAUUAUUAGAGAUCGUUUGAGUUUAUUUUCUACUAUUCAAGAUCGUUUCAGUUUGUUUUCUUUUAAUAAAGAUCGUUUCGGUUGA